AUGGCACACUAUAAUGUACGCAUAGUACAGAAUAGUUCCCUUGCAAUUGGGAUUGCCGGAACUUGUCUCACAGCUCUGGCAUCGAUUCCAGCCAUCAGAGCCGUCAUUGCUCGAUACCGUUUGAAAAGCAAGAAUGGUCUCUACCAGUCUUUAAGCCAGUUAUAUCGAGACGAAGAUGGAACUGCAACCGAAGAGUCCUCCAACGCAUUCUCAGAUAGGUUCCAGCGGACCUUGAUCGCUUUGCUUUCGCUUAUAGGCGUUCUGGCGUCUCUGGUGAUCGCAGUGCUCGAUACCGACAGCCAUGGAGCCUACAGCCACCAGCCGGUUCUGCUACAAUGGCUGGUUUUCACAGUUUGGAGCUUACUUCUAACUCAAGCAGCUGCACUAACUAUAGAGCCAUUUUCAACGAAACGAUAUGAGCUGGGCCUUUACAAGGCUUUGUCCUGCUGCUUUCUGCUGUUCAUCAUCUGUGGGCAGCUAUGGUUAAUCAGAUCAAUCGAUGGUUGGCAAUACUUCCAAUCCUUCUGUGGCAUUCUUCUUCUUGUCCAAAUUGCAGCCGGCUUUAUCAGCUGUUGCACCUCGAUCUCCCUCCCUCGCCGUCCUGACGUGUAUAUGGACGGAAAGAUCGUGGACCAGCAAUUUACCCACACGUUCUUCGGCCGUAUUGCCUUCAUCUGGGCAGAUCCUUUGCUUAAAUUCGCUAUUAAAAAUCAAAGACUGGAAAUCGACAACCUCCCGGCGUUGGACUAUGCAACCCGCUCAAGCACCUUGCGAAAAGUUUUCGAUAAGGCGAGAAGGCCGGGGGAAAAGCUUUGGAAGACGCUGGUUAGAGUAUAUGCCAUUCCGUUAGCAACCCAGGUUUUCUUGGUUACCUGUUCAUCGUCGUUGAGUUUUGUUCCGCAGUUCUGUCUGCUUAAAAUACUACGUUCUCUAGAGAAGCGCAACACUGCUUCGUGGGAUCUUCUGGAGGCUUGGGUCUGGGUGUUCGCUCUUGGGGGGUCUACCCUUCUCGCUUCAACGGUCGAAGCAUGGUUAUUCUGGAUUGCACAGUACCAGUUGGGUAUCCCGGUCUAUGAACAGCUCUCCGCCGUAGUUUUCGCAAAGGCCAUGAGACGAAAGGACAUCAAAGGCACAGAAAAGAUUGACGAGCAAUCCGAGCCCAAAUAUAAUAUAGGCUCACCAGGGGACUUAUCGGAUGAUGGCGAAGACGCAAAAAAGACGAGACAAGCCACCAUCAACCACAUUGCAGUGGAUGCCAACCGAAUUUCCGAUUUUGCAUCCUUCAACUGUUUUGUUAUUCUCAUUUUCGUCAAGCUUACGAUCACCAUCAUAUUCCUAACCAACUUGAUUGGCUGGAAAGCUCUCGGUGCAGGAUUACUUGUCUCGUUGAUUAUAACGCCCAUGAACAUAUAUACAGCUGGGAAAUAUAGCGCCUCGCAGAAGAAUCUAAUGAAACAACGUGACCGUAAAAUGGGGGUGGUUUCGGAGGCACUACAAGGUAUCCGUCAGAUCAAGUUCUCUGCCUUAGAACGCCAAUGGCAGCAGAAAAUAUUCGAUGUGAGGGAAGCUGAAUUAAAGGCACAGUGGCAGGCAUUCCUGUACGAUAUCCUACUGAUAACUAUCUGGAUAAUGGGCCCAGUUAUGCUCUCUGCUGUCUCCCUGGGGGUGUACACCUUACUGUAUGGUGCACUAUCAGCCUCUGUGGCCUUUACAACGAUCUCAAUAUUCACAUCUAUGGAGUUCUCCCUCGCAAUAUUGCCAGAACUGAUUGCUGACUUCAUUGAGGCAUUCGUCAGCACAGCGCGUAUAGAAAAAUACCUUGAGUCUGCGGAAAGGGUCCAAUCGACUAUACCAGGGGAAUAUAUCUCCUUCGAAAAAUCUACUGUAGCGUGGCCUGCAGAGGAACUUGAUGACGGGUCGGGACGGUUCAUGCUUCAAAAUCUGAAUAUUACUUUCCCGUCAAAGGAACUAAGUGUCAUUUCUGGAAAGACUGGCUCUGGAAAAAGUUUGCUCCUUGCCGCCAUCCUAGGGGAAGCCGACAUAAUUGAAGGUGUUAUUCGUGCGCCCGUACCGCCACCAAUUGAGGAUAGAUUUGAUAGUAAAGCUACAAAGGUGAACUGGAUAAUCGAUUCCGCUACUGCAUUUGUCGCGCAGGUGCCAUGGAUUGAGAAUGCGUCUAUUAGGGAUAACAUUUUGUUCGGGCUCCCUCUUGACAAAGAAAGAUACGGAAAGGUCAUAUUCGCUUGCGCCUUAGAGAAAGAUUUUGACAUGCUGCCAGACGGUGAGCUUACGGAUAUCGGAGCAAAUGGUAUUAACCUUAGCGGUGGCCAGAAGUGGAGGAUAUCAUUCGCACGAGCGCUGUAUUCUCGUGCCGGAAUUCUCAUCAUGGAUGAUAUAUUCAGCGCUCUCGACACACAUACUGGGCGACAUUUGCACAUCCAUGCUCUGACUGGUGAACUGUGUGAAGGGAGAACCAGAAUUCUUGUCACCCAUCAUGUCGGGCUCUGUUUACCACAGGCAGACUAUGCUGUCCAUCUAGAACAUGGUGCUAUCAAAUAUGCCGGACCUUUGGCUGAACUUCAACGGACAGGAAAACUUAACGAAAUACUCGCCGAAGAGGCAGACGAAAUCGAGACUAAGAAGCCUUCUAGUCCAUCUCGACCUAAAGCUCUCUAUAUACCACCCAGAGAAGUAGAUCCCACUAGCGCGCAAGAUGCGAUUCAGGACCAGAAAAAGGAACCACCAAAAAAAUUCCAGCAGGAAGAGGGUCGUGAGAUCGGUGCUGUUAAACUAAUCAACUAUGUGAAAUAUCUACAUAAUGGAGGUGGCUUUUCAUACUGGGCAAUGGUGUUAUCUUUCUUCAUCCUUUACGCAGUUUUAGCAGUUGUUCGUACAUGGUGGAUCAGUAUUUGGACCAGGUCAGUUCAAGGCACUACUGAGAAAAGCCUCAAUAUCAUGUCCCAUGUCGCCAAUCACGUAUCACCACCUAAAGAGUCAUCCUCUGAUAAAAUAUGGUACUACCUUGGGGUAUAUGUGGCAUUAUCAGUUUUCUCGUGUGUGAUCGGGAGUCUUAGAUAUGCAUCCUUCCUAUACGCGUGCAUUAAGUCAUCGAGGAACAUAUUCCAAAAGCUUACAUAUACUAUUCUCCGAACGCCUUUACGCUGGCUCGACACUGUCCCAGUUGGUAGAAUUCUGAACAGAUUCACCGCAGAUUUCAACCAGAUCGAUUCCAGGCUUCCAUAUGACAUGUCAAACAUGUUAUAUGAGGUCCUACAAAUACUUAGCAUCAUAGCCGCUGGUGUUCUCGUUUCACCAAUACUGAUUGUCUUUGCGACAAUUUUACUUUUAAUAUGCUUCUACUAUUCACAACGCUUCCUCCAGGGAGCUCGCGAAAUCAAGCGUCUUGAAAGUAACUCUAAAAGUCCAAUAUUUGAACAAUUCGGAUCUGCACUGAUAGGACUGGGAACGAUUCGUGCAUUCAGCAAAGGGCAGGCUUACGUAGAACGCAUGUAUGGAAAAAUUGACCGCCAUGCGCAGGCUUACUGGAAUCUGUGGCUGUUUAACCGAUGGCUUGGUUUCCGCAUGAGUGUUAUUGGAGCUGUGUUUGCCGGUGCUACUGCCGCCUUUAUUGUGACUCUAAAGUCGAUUGAUGCCUCGCUUGCCGGGUUUGCUCUAAGUUUUGCUCUGCAAUACACUGCUGCGGUCACCUGGACGUUACGAAAAUAUGCUAAUGUCGAGUUGGAGAUGAACGCUGUGGAGAGAGUGUUCGAAUACUCUGAUCUUGAGAUUGAAAGCCAGGAAGGCCUAGAUGCGCCCGCUGCAUGGCCGACGGAGGGUCGACUUGAAGUCACAGACCUUGUCGUGGGAUAUGCUCCCGAAUUACCACCUGUCCUGAAAGGACUGUCCUUUACGGUCGAGAAAAAUCAGCGAGUCGGAGUUGUUGGCAGGACUGGCGCAGGAAAAUCGUCCCUGACCUUAGCGCUUUUCCGCUUCUUGGAAGCUCGGUCAGGGUCCAUCUAUAUAGAUGGCAUCGAUGUCUCGAAGAUCAAGCUUGCACACCUACGAAGUCGCCUUGCCAUUAUUCCACAGGACCCAGUUCUAUUUUCAGGAACCGUUCGGUCGAACUGGAUCCAUUCGACGAAUAUCAGAUCUGAGCUUCACAGUGCCCUGGAACGCGUCCACCUAAUUCCUCCGGUAGACCAAGUGUCAGCCCACUCUUCCGUAGCUGAUGCCGUUAGGUUAUCAGUAGACUCAGGGUCAAGCACACCAACUGCAAUCGAAGCGAGCUCUGCUAGCAGCACCAUGGCAAGCAGGACUGGCAUAAAUAUCAAUAUCUUCAAGAAUUUAAAUUCAAAUAUAUCCGAAGGUGGUCUUAACCUCUCUCAGGGUCAACGUCAGCUGCUUUGCCUAGCACGAGCUAUCGUAUCUCGCCCUAAGGUCAUGGUUCUCGAUGAAGCUACCUCAGCUGUUGACAUGGAUACCGAUGCGCUUAUCCAACAAUCAAUCCGGUCUGAGUUUGGCCGUAACUCCAGUACUCUUCUGGUUAUUGCUCAUCGAUUGAGUACUAUUGCAGAUUUCGAUCGUAUCCUUGUUUUAGAUGCUGGAAAGGCAGUUGAGUUUGGCGCACCGAAAGACUUGAUGAAUAUUGAAAACGGUGUAUUCAAGAAUUUGGUAGAAAACAGCGGAGAGCGAGAGGCCUUGGAAAGUAUUGUUCUUGGCUAA